CGCGAUCAGACCACAUCACUUGCUAGACAAACGUGACGGUAUAAACUGGUUGAUUUGACGAACUGAAUCUGAAAUUCAGAGGACAUCUAUGUAAUUGACUCUAAGUUCUGGGACCAAAACGGACACCGGAGAAAGUUUGGGUUUAAUAAGUCGGCCUUGCUUUGGAGGAGAGAAAUAAAUCGAAAAGCGGCGGUCGGAUCCGAAAUCGAUCCAUCAUAAUUCCGAAAUACCGAGCCGGAGAAAAAUCGAAGAAAACCAAGAGAAGGAGAUCGAGAGAGCGAAGCUUUUUCUAGGGUUUAUCAGAAAGAUUCAUUCUUUACCCGGAAAGUUGGACGAUUGGUAGCUUGCUUUAUCUUCCGCCCCAACAAGAUUUCAAUCGUCGGCCGCCGGUGAAACCCCUCCUCAACCCAGCCAUGACGGAGUACUGGGUCAGCCAAGGGAACAAAUGGUGCGAUUUCUGCAAAAUCUUCCUCUCCAACAACCCUUCCAGCAUAAGGAACCACGAGCUGGGGCAGCGCCACAAGGACAGCGUCGCGCAGCGGCUGACUACUAUGCGGCAGGAGAAGGUUGCCAAGGAGAAGGCUGUCAAUGAAGCGGCUCGCGCUCUCGAGCAAAUUGAAGCUAAAGCUAAACGUAGCUAUCAAAAGGAUGUGGAAACCUUGAAGGAGGCUGGUGAUGCCCGUGCACUGGAUAUCCUAGGAGAUAGUAAGGAAAAAUGGGACUUCGACAGUACUUCAGGCUACUACUACAAUAACGAUAACGGUUUGCAUUACGAUCCAAAUUCCGGCUUCUAUUACUCUGAUGCUAUAGGCAAGUGGGUAACAGACCAGGAGGCGUAUGCUGCAGUUAAGGCUUCAGCAAACGGCAAACACCAGAAGCCUUCAGUCUCGGUGCCAAUUUCUGCAAAACCGAAAACCAGUCCAGUCACAAGUGGCCCGCCACCCGGUCCAGUUGUUUCGGCAUCCUUAAACCCCACGAGAUCUGUCAAAGGCAAAACUUCAGCAGUCACUGUCAACAAGAGAAAGCGAGAAGAAGAUAAAAAACCGAAGGUUUUAUCUCAAGAAGACAAAGCUGCGCUUAGAGCAAGGGAGGCUGCUAAAAAGAGGGUCGAGGAUAGAGAGAAAGGAUUCCAUGGACUCUACGGCGGCAAGCGGUGAUUCGAGCUCUGCCUGACAAUACCAUCUCUCAAGAACAUUUAGGGUAUGCAUUCAGUCUUACUGCCUUGCGUUCUUCUUUGUAAUGCAUCCAUUUCCCUGAUCUUGCAGUCUGUACUUGUACAAAAAUAGAAGAGUUGUGUCACUUGAAUUGAAUCUUUCCAACUGUACAUCGUUUGCUGCAAUGAUCGUGCUUUGAUUGUCUUCUUUUGACAAUAGCAAGUCCAACGAUAAUGGAUUAGAGCGACUUUCUAUAGCAUUAGUGUGAUGAUAUCGAGAAUCUGAAUUCAAUCUUGGUGUAGGCUUCCGCGGACCAAAUGGAUCGAAUAUAAUGAUGAUCUGGUCUUUGGUUCUCAUGAGUUUGGUCCAGUUCGGAACGAAUCAAACCAAAAUGUUACACACCCCUAUCUCUAAUCCAUCACAAUCGAAUCUUUCACUUUAAAAUAAAAAGAUAACACUUUUUCUUCUCUUCUAAGUUCUAACAAAUCUCCAAAUUAAGGUGUUCGUUUUCCACAAAAUUAAAGGAAAUGUCUUAAAAGUGGGAUCAUUCGGGGUUGGACCAAUUGGGGCGGGCUUUGCCGCGUGACACGUUCCCCCUGUUCCUCAAAAAGUUAAUGCUUCGACUUACGCAACCAGACCGGUUUCUCGCUGUUCUAAUGCUCUUGUGGCGUAUCUGGCGAUCCCGGAACUUGGUAGUUUAUGAGGGUAAACAAUUUGGUAUUCCGGCUUUAAUGCGCCAAUUUACCCAACAGUACAACGAAUGGAUUGCAUUGCAUAGGGAUCAGGAUGGUCGGCCUCAGUGUUCGAUUCCCCGGGCCAUGGCCUUGGUUAACCCGUCUGAGGUGGUUUGUCAAUGAGAUGGGGUGACUAAAGCUGGCUCUCAUUCGGCUGGUGGGAUGGUUAUCAGUCAGCGGUAUGGGGGUGUUAUCCGGGUUCUAGGGAUUCAGCUGCUUGAUGUGGACGAUCCAAUGACGGUAGAGCUGCUUGUUCUCAGGGAGGCUGUCCUUUGGUGUCUUUGCCUGGGGUACCAUACAAUUUGCUUUGAGGGUGAUGCGAAGGUUGUGAUCGAUAAGAUCAGCCAAUCUGAUACAAGGGAUGGAAGGGUGGGGGCGUUGCUGCAGGAGGUGGUGUCUUCUUUCAAUCUCCAUGAUGGACUUAGUGUGCGAUCUGUUGGCAGUAGGAACAAUAGGGUAGCCCAUGUGGUGGCUAGAAAUGCCCUGUCAUUGUAUCCGGCUUCAUGUCGAUCUUUUGAUUUUAUGGCCUGGCUAAAUUCCGGGAUGUAACUAUCUUUUCCGAUUAAUAUAUGAUUAUCUAUUUAAAAGUGGAAGGGGGAAAGUGAGGGAUUGGACAUGAUUAGGAGAAGUAAUUCAUGUGAAAGUAUCCUUUCUUUUGUUUGCUUUUCUUCUCAUCUGCAAAAAAAAAAAAAAAAAUAUUCACCAGAAAAUGGAAGAAGGUGAGGCCUUUUAGUAAAGGUAAUUGGCAUGCCGAUUCCCCCCUUUUCCCUACACGAGGAUUAUGUGCCCUCCAAAAGCAAACACCUUAGGCCCUUGCCGACGGCCUCAUGUACUUAUAUGUUCAUCAUAGCAUAUACGGUUUUCGUAUUGAACUUACACGUAACUAUACCACUAACUGCGUACUCUUUCCUCGAAUUUGUUGACAGUGGUGGAGACGAAGACGCGCAUCGACCAGAAGGGAGAGCGCGCAAAGACAAACUUCAAAACCCUGGAUCGCGACGAGAAGAGCAGCAGACCAACACUCACACCAAUCGGGCCAGCCCUCGUUUGCAUACAUAUAUCAAUUGGAGAUUUGAAGGAUCAAAUAUAUGUAAGAAAAUUAGGAAGGGAAACUGUUUAUUAUUUUUCACAGCCUCAACCACAACUGUAGCGCCAUCAUUACAAAUGGUAGUGAUUAAGCAAAUCAUGGGCUUUGAUUAUGGCAUAAAACGAGAGAGGGUACAAAUUAAAGGCAGGAAGCAUUG